CUCCUCCUCCUCCCUCCGCCGCCGCCGAUCCCUCGCCUGAAGAAGGAGGAUAGGAGCGGGGGAAUCGAUCGCCGCCGCCAGAUGGCCGCCGUGUCGGCGCAGCGCCAGCGGGGGGAGCUGUGGGGCGCGCUGCUGGAGAUGACGAGGUCGGCGCAGGAGAAGAACAGCGACCCGAUCCACUGGGCGAUCCGGCUCAGCUCCAGCCUCGGCUCCGCCGGCGUCCCCCUCCCCUCCGCCGACCUCGCCCACCUCCUCGUCUCCCACAUAUGCUGGGACAACCACGUCCCCAUCGCCUGGAAGUUCCUCGACAAGGCCCUCGCCGUCGGGAUCGUCCCCCCCAUGCUCGUCCUCGCCGUCCUCUCUUCCAGGGUGAUUCCCAGUCGGCGCACCUAUCCUACAGCUUAUAGGCUCUAUAUGGAGCUCCUUAAGAGACAUGCCUUUUCAUUUGGCUCUCUAAUAAAUGGGCCAGAUUAUCAGGAGGUCAUGAAAUCAAUUGACAACGUUCUUGAUCUUUCCCAGAUAUUUGGUCUUGAAGCGUGUGAGCCUGGGAUCCUAGUUAUGGAAUUUGUUUUUUCACUUGUAUGGCAGUUACUUGAUGCAUCAUUAGAUGACGAAGGAUUGAUUGAAAUGACUCCAGAAAAGAAGUCUAGAUGGGCAACCAAACCACUGGAUAUGGAUAUUGAUGGUCAAGAUACCUUUAUUGGAAAGGAAACAGAACGGCAGGAGAUGUUGCACAAAGCAAAUACUUCAAUGGCUAUUGAGGUGAUUGUAGCGUUUCUCCAGAACACAGUAACUGCAAGGAUACUUUACUUGGCACGACGGAACAUGCCACCGCAUUGGGUCGGUUUUAUUCAGCGCUUGCGACUACUAGCAGCAAAUUCAGUAGUGCUGAGGAGUUUGAAACACAUAACUCCAGAAGCACUUUUGCAGUUGACGUCUGAUAACCGUAACGUCUUAACUCGGGAAGGCAAGACCGUAUCACAGCAAGAAUUUCAUGCAGUUACUGCUUCUGGUUCUCUGAUAUCAUCUGCGGGACAAUGCCAUGGGGCUAGCCAAUCUGCUCUUUGGCUUACUAUCGAUCUUUUUCUGGAAGAUGCCAUGGAUGGUUCACAAGUUACAGCUACUAGUGCUGUUGAAAUGCUUACAGUUUUAGCAAAGGCUCUUCGGUCAGCUAACAAUACUACAUGGCACGAUACAUUUCUAGGUUUAUGGAUUUCAGCAUUACGCCUUGUUCAAAGGGAAAGGGAUUCCACUGAGGGUCCUGUACCUCGCGUGGACACCUGUUUGUGCAUGUUAUUGUCUGUCACAACGCUAGCAAUUGCUGGCAUCAUUGAGGAAGAGGGAAGCACUAUGGAACAUACUGAUGUUGUAGUUUGUUAUCGAAGGAAAGAGAGGCAUUCUCAGGGAAAGCGUCGUAAAGAUUUGAUUUCAAGUUUACAACAGUUGGGUGACUAUGAGGGAUUGAUAACACCUCCUCAGUCUGUUUGUUCUGUAGCCAAUCAGGCUGCUGCAAAAGCGAUGAUGUAUAUUUCAGGUCUUACUGCAGGGAAUGGAUUCUAUGAGUGCAUAAGCAUGAAUGACAUAGCAAUGAACUGUUCUGGAAACAUGCGGCAUCUGAUUGUCGAGGCUUGUAUAGCAAGAAAUCUACUCGACACGUCUGCAUAUCUCUGGCCAGGUUAUGUGAAUGCUCGCAGCAGUCAAAUACCUCGAAAUAUUCCAAGUCAAGCGCCUGGCUGGUCAUCAUUGAUGAAGGGGUCACCUCUGGCUCCCUCAUUGAUAAGUACUUUGGUUUCAGUUCCUGCUUCAAGCUUAGCAGAGAUUGAGAAAAUAUAUGAGAUUGCUCUCAAUGGCUCUGAAGAGGAGAAGAUAUCUGCUGCUACCAUUCUCUGUGGAGCAUCUCUUGUUCGUGGUUGGAAUAUACAGGAACACACUGUUAUUCUAAUUACGAGAUUGCUGUCGCCUCCAGUUCCUCCAGAUUAUUCAGGACCUGAGAGCCAUUUGAUUGGUUAUGCUCCGUUUCUUAAUGUUCUUCUUCUCGGAAUAUCAUCAGUGGAUUGCGUUCAGAUUUUCUCUCUGCAUGGUUUGGUUCCACAGCUUGCUGCUGCAUUGAUGCCGAUCUGUGAAAUUUUUGGGUCAACUGUUCCGAAUGUCUCAUGUGCUGGUAUAUCAGGGGAGGAACUGUCCUCUCAUGCGGUGUUCUCAAAUGCAUUUACACUUCUGCUGAGGCUGUGGAGAUUUGAUCACCCACCUCUUGAGCAUGUGAUGGCAGAUGUGCCACCUGUAGGAACCCAUUUAAGUCCCGAAUAUCUCCUAUUAGUUCGAAACUCCCAAUUAGCAUGUUCUGGAAAUUCCAUGAGCGAUCAGGUUAGAACCGAAAGCCUCUCUGGCACUCUGGUCCCAUCACCUGUGGAACCUCUUUUUAUGGAAUCCUUUCCAAAACUUAAACGCUGGUAUAGGCAGCAUCAGAAAUGUAUUUCAUCCACCCUAUCUGGUCUUGUACACGGCACCAAUGUACAUCAGAUUGUAGAAGCCCUCCUCAGUAUGAUGUUCAGAAAGAUAGUUAGAGGUGGUCCUGUGACACCUACAACUUCAGGAAGUAGUAAUUCAUCUGGGUCUGCAGCAGAGGAAUUAGCAAUCAGACUCAAAGUUCCUGCUUGGGAUAUUCUGGAGGCAACUCCAUUCGUCCUUGAUGCUGCUCUGGCAGCCUGUGCCCAUGGAAGGGUCUCCCCUCGCGAGAUGGCUACAGGUCUAAAGGGUCUCGCUGAUUUUCUUCCCGCCUCCUUGGCAACAAUUGUGAGCUACUUUUCCGCAGAAGUGACCAGGGGUAUAUGGAAACCAGUUUUUAUGAAUGGAACUGAUUGGCCUAGCCCUGCUGCAAAUUUAUCAACAGUUGAGCAGCAAAUUAAAAAAAAUAUUGCUGCUAUUGGUGUUGAUGUUCCGAGUCUUGCUGUGGGGGGAAGCGCUCCAGCUACACUACCUUUGCCGUUGGCUGCGCUAGUGAGCCUUACAAUAACAUACAAGCUUGAUAAAGCCUCUGAACGUUUACUAACGUUUAUCGGUCCAGCCUUGAAUUCCCUGGGUGCUGGCUGCCCCUGGCCUUGCAUGCCCAUCAUAGCCUCCUUGUGGGCCCAAAAGGUGAAGCGCUGGAGCGAUUUCCUAAUCUUCCGAGCUUCUCAAACUGUCUUCCACCAUAAUAGUGAUGCUGUUGUGCACCUUCUUAAAAGCUGCUUCUCAUCGACUCUAGGACUAAGCUCCUCACAAAUUUCUAGCGGUGGUGUUGGUGCUCUUCUUGGCCAAGGACUCGGUACCCACUUCUCUGGGGGAAUUUCCCCAGUUGCCCCAGGAAUCCUCUAUUUAAGAGUACACCGGUACGUCAGGGAUGUCAUGUUCAUGUCUGAAGUGAUUCUCUCUCUUCUGAUGCACUUUGUUAGGGAGAUUGCAACUAGUGGGUUGCCGAGAGAGAAAGCGGAGAAACUGAGGAAGACCAAGUAUGGAAUGAGAUAUGGGCAAGUCUCUCUCGCUGCGGCUAUGACACGUGUUAAGGUCGCUGCUUCCUUGGGGGCUUCAUUCGUGUGGAUCUCUGGUGGGGUGAGUUUGGUACAGUCCUUGAUCAAAGAAACUUUACCCUCUUGGUUCAUAUCGGGUCACAAGUCGGAGCAGGAAGGAGGCGAUAUGGGUGGUAUGGUUGCCAUGCUCAGAGGUUAUGCCCUUGCAUACUUUGCCCUUCUUUGUGGAGCAUUCGCUUGGGGCACAGAUUCAGCAUCGCCAGCAUCGAGGCGGCGACCAAAGGUUCUAGGAGCCCACUUGGAAUUCCUUGCUAGCGCAUUAGAUGGUAAAAUUUCGCUUGGCUGUGAUUCGGCCACUUGGCGUUCUUAUGUGUCUGGUUUUGUGGGCUUGAUGGUGACCUGUGCGCCUAAAUGGGUGCUAGAGGUUGAUGUGGAUGUCUUGAAGAGGCUGAGCAACGGGUUGAGGCACUGGAAUGAAGAAGAAUUGGCGGUAGCCCUGCUGGGACAGGGUGGGAUUAAGGCAAUGGGCUCGGCUGCUGAACUGAUAAUCGAAAUUGGCUGCUAAUUCUUGGGUCAGCCAGGGUGACUCGUUGUCUGUAGCACGGCUGUUUCUGUUAAUCUAUGGAGAUGGCAAUUUUGCAUCAAUUUGCAGUUAGUAUAGCUUCCUUAGAGUAAAAUCUAUUGUAUAGUAUAAAGUAGGGAGUAGAGGAAAAUUGUAUUCUUCCGUUCUUGUAAUCAUAGGUAUGUUACAGUAAAUCAGAUUGUAUUCUUCUGUACCUUGUAACUAUAGAUAUUUUACACUUGAUUAACUAAUUUUAAACCGUCAGUUUGGGUUAUUGUGCUAA